UGUGCGCGCAGCGCUGAAUGUGAGCGCGCAGACUGUGUUCGUGCUGCUGGCAGUUUUAUGCACGCCACCCUACACAGAGCCACGAUGUCCGACGCUGCCGCUCCCGCAGAAAACCACGGGGAAGCUGGAUUGAACGGGUCAUGGGUGGAGCUGGAGAUGAACAGAAACUCUGCAUCGCUCACGUCCUCCACCGCCUCGGUCCCGCUCCCUUUAGUGCAGGUUGUAGAGGAAGAUGAUGGGAUGGUGGGGGGGUUAGAACACGUUCCUUCAUCAUCCUCCAUUCACAAUGGAGACAUGGAGAAGAUCCUGCUAGAUGCCCAGCACGAGUCCAGUCGCAGUAACUCCUCUUGCGAUAGCCCUCCUCGACCCCAUAGUCCUCAGGACGAGGGGCAGAUCAUCUUUGACGUGGAUAUGAGGAGAGAUAGUCAGGAGGAAGUGAUGGAGAGAAUGAGAGAUGAUGACAUCUUAAUGAAGGACUCCGACCGCGUGGCAGAUUGGUCAAGUAGACCGGAGAAUGUUCCACCUAAGGAGUUUCACUUCCGGCACCCGCGGCGUUCAGUGACUCUCAGCAUGAGGAAGACUGGAGUGAUGAAAAAAGGAGGCAUCUUCUCUGCUGAGUUCCUCAAAGUGUUCAUCCCCUCGCUGCUUCUCUCUCACAUCCUGGUCAUGGGACUCGGGGUGUACAUCGGAAAAAGACUGACAACUCCGCCUGCAAGCUCCAUUUGAACACACAUAAAGGAACACACUCAGGCAUGGCCCGGAAGGAUUAGAAAGAUGGUGGUAGUUUGUAUGAAGAUACAAGCCUUCACCCAAAAUCCUUUGCUCUUUCCUCUUGCAGACUCUCUCAACUCUGCUCUUUUCAUCCUUUUUUAUUUCAUUUGCCCUUUCGAAAUUGAGACAUUCUUCUGUCUGAGAUGACGAACUUUUCAAGCUUUCUAUUGAUCUUUUGUUGUGUGCACAUUUUAGUUUAUUUUCAGUGUUAAAUCGUAUCAUAUCCCUUUAAAGCUCAAUGUUAUAGUUACAGUUGCAAGUUCUGAAGGUGGCAAUGGGUUCAAGCAAACACGCUAGCUCAUCUGGCUAGAAACCAGUGAUGUGUUUGGCUAGCUGCCUUUUCGGGUCCGAUCAAAUGAGCCACGAAUUAGCCACAGACAGAACAGUGACUAGAUAAACAAUCCCUGCAGUUUUUGGUCUCAAAAUGGGAUUAACCAAAAUAUAGAUUUAUACCAUGUAUGAGCAUGCCUGAGUGGUAACUAACAUUUUAUUUAUUAAUACAAAUUAUAUUAUUUUAGUUACACCAAGGAAGAUGCUAGAAUGAUGAAUUUGUAUGUGGUUUGGAAAGCCAGGGCUCUUCGUAGACCCCAUUUUCAUCUAACGAUGAUAGAGAAUGGUAAAGUGGACUGUACCAUAUGCACGUUUUAUACCAAUUUAGCAUGAUGUUUUACAUUCAGCAUUGACAGUACACAGAUAUAGUGCCUGGUACAAUUGUUUGACAGAUUCAUGUUUGUUAAUCCAUAAUCCAUUCGGCUGGAUGAGCUGGCAGAUCCCUGUGUGAAAAGAGAUUUUUAUUAAUAUUAUUUUCUAUGUCCUUGUUUCUGUGUGUUUGUUGUGCAAUUUUUGCCUCUUGUUUUCUUGACAUACAUAUUAGGACCUAGUGAUUUUAUAACUAGGCUUCUACAUCUUUUAAAGAAUUUAUCAAUAUUAAAUUUUCAAAUGCUUUGAAAACCCAUGGACUUUGGGUCUAACAAAAAAGCAACCGAUUAAAUGUUGUGCAAUGUUAUAGCCAUGCCAGGUUUUUAAUGUUGGCUCUCUUUUACACCUUUUUUUUUAACGCUCUAAGUUUGGGGUGACUUUUGCAAUGUCAAUGGUGUUUGCUUAACAAAACACCAAGUAGUAGGAGGUUUUUUAUUGAAAGGAAAAGUUCAUCCAGAAAUGCAAUUGCUACUCUCAUUUCCUCACAUAUAUCACAAAAAAAUUUUUUUUUUUUGAUUCGGUGGAACAUAACAUUAAACGUUUCGAAAACUGUCCACAUUUAUCUUGUCUAUACAAUGACAGUGAGUGCAGAUGAGAUCUAUGAAGCUCAAAUGUUGCAAUAAGAAACAUAAAAGAGAUCUUGUGUCUUUCUAAAUAUAACAUUUGCCCUCCACUGUAGUUUAAAGAAUAAAAUCUUUUAGAUCUGGACCACUUGAAAAUGUGUGUUGUGCAAAAAAAAGAAAGCCAUACAGAUUUCAAAUGACAAGAGGGUGAGAAAUGAUGACAGAAUUUACAUUUUUGGGUGAACUACCCCAUUAAAAGAAGAGCACUUUAGACAUUCAACAUUCUUAAAUACAGAACACAUUUGUUCAGACAAUAAUACAGAUUUUGUAUAGACAAUAAUACAUAUGACAUGAGGGUAGAUAAUGAAAGAGUUUUUUGGAUGAACAAUCUAUUAAUGUUGUAGAUUGGUGUUCUUGUGAACGACAUCAGUCCUGUGUGUGAACAUCAUAUCCCUCAUUGUCUGGAACAGGGUUUGUGUUUUUCUAAAGCCCUGAUGUGAAUUAUUCUAUUCUUAUUGUGUUUUUGUCACAUCAAGAGAUUUUUAUGUGUAUUUUGGAUGUUCGCAGACAUUUUCUUGAUCUUCAGUGUUUGUCUGUAUCCUGAGAAGGAUCCAAUUCUCCUCAAACACAGCUGCCAAAACCAACUGAGAGCUCUAAAACAUUGUGCCUCGUCUCCUCAAUCAUGUUUGAUACAGUGUGAUGUCAUCACUUCCUGUCAUCAUGUGUGCGUGUUCCUUUUUUCGUUUCGUCGCUUGUUUUGCGCUACCUUCUUUGGAAGGUUUCUGGCAUGCUUUGUUUUGUAUAUUCUUUAACAUCUGAGGCAAACUAGUACACACAGAAGAGAAGGUACAGGGAUACAUAUAUUAUAAAGAGUAUUUUAGUUUGUUUUUCCAUUGUUUUGGACUUUUGAGUGUGGUUUUUAAGAAGUGGGUAAACCUCCUUUGUUGAGGUAUGUUCAUACUUUUUUGAGACUGCGAAAAUGUAACUUUUAUGAUUUGACAAACAUUUUACCCACAUGUUUUAAAAUAAAAUUUAAAGGAUGACCUGUAUUAAAAACACUUGUUUGAUUUUG